AUGGCAAAUAACACAACCUCCGAUUUCGUGACAUUAGUCUCGAGCGAUGGCUUUGAAUUCGUUAUCUCGCGCAGUGCCGCUUGCGUCUCCGGCACAAUUCGGCGCAUGCUGGACCCCGCGAGCAAGUUCUCGGAAGCACUCACUGGUCGCUGUAAUCUAGAGACCCUAAGGUACGUCCUUACCUGGCACUUUCCGCAUUCCUCGACGUCUCCAUCCAAACAGCUAACACCAAAUCCCGACGCAGUGGCGUCGUCCUCGAAAAAAGUCUGUGAAUACUUCCUUUACAACGAGAAGCACAAGGACCAGACCAAUGUUCCUGACAUGGAUGUUCCGCCCGAGCUUUGCCUGGAACUGCUGAUGGCGGCUGAUUACCUGGAUACUUGA